AUGGAGAGGUCCGGGCUCUACGGCUUCUCCGCCGCCAUGAGCGGCUCCUUCCUGCUGUCGUGCCUGCUCUUCGCGGCGAUCAACCGCCGCCAGCGCGGGCCCUACAUGGACGAGGUCUUCCACGUCCCCCAGGCGCAGGCCUACUGCCACGGCCGCUUCCUCCAGUGGGACCCCAUGAUCACCACGCUGCCGGGCUUGUACCUGGUCUCGGUGGGAGUAGUGAAGCCUGCGGCAUGGAUCUUCGGGUGGACGGAAAGCGUGGUGUGCUCUGCGGGAAUGCUCAGGUUUAUUAACCUCCUUUUCAGUGCUGGGAACUUCUAUUUACUGUAUUUACUUCUGUUCAAGAUCCAUCAGAAGAAUAAGGCUGUGUCUGGUUUCCAGAGAAUCUUGUCUACAUUAACUCUUGCAAUGUUUCCCACCCUUUAUUUUUUUACCUUCCUUUAUUAUACAGACCCAGGAUCAGUAUUUUUUACUCUCUUUGCCUAUUUAAUGUGCCUUUAUGGUAACCAUAAAACUUCAGCUCUCCUUGGAUUUUGUGGCUUCAUGUUUCGUCAGACGAAUAUUGUGUGGACAGUUUUUUGUGCUGGAAAUGUUGUUGCAGAGAAGCUAAAUGAAGCCUGGAAGACAGAGUUACAGAAAAAGAAAGAUGAAAAGAUUUCUUCCAGGAAAGGAUCAUUUUCAGAUUUGAUCAGAAUAUUGCAGUUUCUUAUUGACUAUCUCAUAUUGCCUAAAAACUUAGUUACACUUACUGCUUUAACUUGGCCAUACAUCAUAUUAGUAACUGUGUUCUUUGUUUUUGUCUUCAUCAAUGGUGGAAUAGUUGUUGGUGACAGAAGUAGCCACGAAGCCUGUUUGCACUUUCCUCAGCUGUUCUAUUUUCUGUCCUUUACUGUCAUUUUUUCAUUCCCUCAUUUAUUGACCCCUACUAAAAUUAGGAAAUUCCUUUUGUCGUUACGAAAGCACCCUGUGCAGUACAGCUUAAUCACCAUCAUCUCUUUAUUCCUGAUCUGGAAAUUUACCUAUGUUCAUAAGUAUUUACUAGCAGAUAACAGACAUUAUACAUUCUAUGUCUGGAGAAAAGUCUUCCAAAGACAUGAGCUUGUAAAAUAUAUAUUAGUUCUAGUGUAUAUAUUUGCUGGCUGGAGUUUCGCUGAUACACUAAAAUCAAAAUCAAUAUUCUGGAUCUUGAUGUAUUUUGUGUGUUUAUUAGCAGUCACAGUUCCUCAAAAAUUGCUAGAAUUUCGUUACUUUAUUUUGCCAUUCUUAAUAUAUAGGCUCAAUAUUCCGUUUCCAUCUCUAUACAGACAACUUCUGGAGCUGGCUUUUUAUAUUGUUGUGAAUGCAGUAACUUUUUAUCUUUUUCUAAACAGAACAUUCCAAUGGCCAAAUAGUGACGAAAUCCAGAGGUUUAUGUGGUGACUUUUUCUUUUUGUUUUGAUACUUUGAUACCCUUAGGAAAACUCAGUUCUGUUUCAGGACUGUGGGCUUUGGAAUGAAGCAAUAUGUUUUGCAUUAUGUAAGGACUUUUUUCCCCAGUUGGAAUUGGGGAGGUAAGCUGUUUGCUUAUUUCUUGGAACUGAAUGUGAGAUCUGAUUUGUUGUAAUGUGAAGAUAUUCCAUAUAUUGAAUUUAUGAGCUCCUGGAAUUAACAAAUUCAAUAUGAGGGGAAAUUUGAGAACACCUUUCUGUAAUUAAUGUGAAAUAAGGGAGAUGUUUACAGUAAUUUUUCAUUAUAAUAAAAUAUUAUGUAAUA